AUGUUGAAGCCACUCGGGCUCAAAGACAAAAUUCAAAGAAACCUGCUGAAGGAUUCCAAGUAUGACAAUGAAAAAUCUUUUGUCAAUCCCCAUGAGGGCGAUAAGGCGAGCAUACUCCAGGAGACCAGAGUCUUCUCCAGCUACCCCCUGAACACUCAGAAGUGCAUGCAGAUAUUGACCAAAAUUCUAUACCUCAUAAAUAAAGGGGAAGAAAAACUAACAUCACAAGAAUGCACAGACAUAUUUUUUAACAUCACUAAAUUAUUCCAGUCUAACAAUGAGAGGCUACGAAGGAUGGUUUAUUUACUCAUUAAAAGUCUGCCAGUUAAUGAGAAAGAAGUAUUCAUCGUAACCAGUUCGUUAACGAAGGACAUGAAUUCAGCAAACGACUGCUAUAGGGCCAAUGCCAUGCGGGUCUUAAGUAAAAUUAUAGAUAACUCCAUGGCUACUCAAAUUGAGCGCUAUUUAAAAACAGCCAUAGUGGAUAAGAAUCCCUUCGUUUCUUGUUCCUCCCUUCUGUGCGGAUUGAAUCUAUAUUUGAAUGCCUCCUGCGAUAUUGUGAAGAAGUGGAUUCAUGAAGUCAGCGAAUGUAUUAACAGCAAGAAUCCGAUGAUUCAGUUUCAUGCCCUCACGCUGCUGUGCUCUAUUAAGUACCAGGAUAAACUGGCCUUAGAAAAGAUCAUCUCGUCGUAUAACAAAAGCUCCAGUAAUCUGUCCGGUUCCCUUGCCAACUGCCUUCUAAUCAAAUAUGCUUCCUCCCUGAUUUACUGCACCGAGGUGGAGAGUGAGUUGGCCAAUACGAACCACCUCCCCCCGGGAGCCACUUCCCCGCAUGCUGGCGGCCCUAUUGGCGGCCUCUCCCCCGCGCAGGCCGCCCGAUCUCCGGGACGAACGCACGAUAUGUACAACAUACAAGAUUAUGCAACUAAUAAAGGCAACUUCAUACACCCCACGACGAAAGUCUGCUUCGAUUACCUGAAAAACUGUCUCAAAAGUAAAGACCCCAUGAUUCUUUUCGAAUGCAUUAAGUGCAUAUUCGAUCUAGCCAUUCACGACAAAGGAGGAAGAAAUUCCACUACCGUAUUCAACGUCGAUAUACUGAACGAGUGUAUGAAGGUAUGUCAAGUAUUUCUACUAUCUUCCAAAGUAGUAGACAAAUUUAGCAUAAUCAGACAGAUAAAUAAACUCUCUCAUCAUAGACCCCACGUCGCGUCUAAGAUUAAUCAAGACAUAGAGAAUCUACUAACAGAUAGUAACAAAAGUAUCUGUGUCUUGGCAUUCACCACGUUACUCAAAACGGGAAAUGAAGAAAACAUAGAUCGAUUGCUUAGCCAAAUAAAUAACUACAUGACGGGGGAUAACACUUUUUUUAAAAUUCAAAUUAUCGAGGAACUGAAGAACCUAUGCUUUAUUUACCCCUCCAAGUGUAACAUCAUCCUCAGUUUCCUCUCCAGCAAUCUUAGAGAUGAAGAAUCGUAUCAAUUCAAAUCAAACACAAUCGAUGCGAUCAUCCUAAUCAUUAGUGAAAUACCCAACUCGGAAGAAGCAGCAAUUUUGCAGCUAUGUGAAUUUAUUGAAGACUGUGAGUAUAACUCUCUCCUCCUCCGAGUUAUCCGAUUCUUAUUGGUGCACAUCCCAAAGACGUCUACCCCAUCUAAGUAUAUAAGGUACAUUUACAAUAGGCUCAUUUUGGAAAAUUCGACGAUACGGGUCGAUGGAUUGUAUGCUCUCUUUCACAUUGCCUUAAAGUGUGGCUCCAAUUCAAAAGAUAUUCUGUUCCUUUUAAAUUGCCUCCUAACUGAUAACGAUGAUGAAGUCAGGGAUCGCUCCAACUUCCUGUAUCACAUUUUGAAAGAGAAGAUAAACACAGUGGAUCUCCUCCGGGGGGAUCACCCCUCUGAGGAUUUACCCCUCAUUGAUGAACUGCUAACAAAUGAACCACCUGCCCAUUUGGAAAAUCUUCUUUAUUUAAUUCAAAAACAUGUGGAGGAUAACGUGACGGAAGAAUUUAACUACCACAAUGCGAAAGAGGAAAUAAAAAAAAUGGGAGACAGCACUUUCAAAGAUUUAAUACCUCCUUCGACGCCCCACUCGAAAAGGAAAACUUCCACCCCAGAUGUGUACUCUUCAUCCCUAAAUGGCACAAAAGUACCUGAACAGAAUAUGGAUUCUAUUUUAUCAGAACAGGUAGCUAACUUUAUAGAGAAGCACCAAAUGGGCACACUCAAAAUGGUGAGCAAGUCCGUACCACUAACAGAGAGUGAAGCGGAAUACACCGUCCUUGUGAAGAAAUACAUCUACGAUAGGAACAUCUUACUAGAAUUUAUCAUACAGAAUACGUUAAGUCAACAAAUUCUGGCCGACGUAAACAUGCAAAUAAACUCCUAUGAUAAAAAAUGGACCGUUUUGGAGAAAACCACCAUUCCUAACUUAUAUUUUAACGCCCCCCAAAAUUUAUAUGUCCUCUUGGGAAGAAAUACGCCCGUAUUGGAAGCACCCACCAGUAGAGACUACCAGGUCAACCAGCACUUCCAACUUUCCCUGCACUUCCUCACGAAAGAGAACGAAAUGGACGAUGGCUUCCCCGACUCCUACUCCAUUAACCCCUUGAGUAUACAAAUCACCGACUUCAUCUCCCCACGGAUUUUACGAAAUGGAGAAUUCAGACAUGUCUGGGACAGCAUGGAAAAUCUCAACUCAGAAGCUGUCAGCAAAUUUAGUCUGAAUUUCGAAAAUAUUCAGCUCGCUGUCGUUGGGUUAUUAAAUACAUUAAACAUGAUGGCGUGCGACCAGACAGACAGUGUCCAGGCCGACACCACCAACCAUAACAUGCUUCUAUCCGCUCGAUAUAUGAACCAGUCCCAUGUUCUCUGCAAGGCGUCCCUUAUACUUUCGCAGCAGUACGGCUGCUUGUUGAAGAUCGUGUGCCGCUCCCAGGACAGCCACCUCUCCGAAACGCUCCUCAAGGCGCUUGAGUAG